GAUGAGUACUGAAGUGAUAAGUAAAUCUAGAUAACUGAUAAAUGGUCUUUAGGUGUUGCUGCUAUUGAAUUAGCUGAAGGAAAUCCACCAUAUUCUCAUAUACAUCCUGUUAGAGCUAUGUUUGCUAUUAAAAAUAAUCCACCUACUGGACUUACUAAACCUGAAUUAUGGUCUAAAGAAGUUAAUUUAUUUGUUAACGCUUGUUUAAGAGUUGAAGCUAAUGAAAGACCUACUGCAUCUUAAUUAUUAUAAUAUACUUUUAUUUAAUAAGGAAAAUAACAUCUCAAAAAAUUAUUUAAUUUAGUUGAAUUCUAUUCAAAUCAAUUACAACAAGCUAUUAAGGAUUAAAUUCCAUUAAACUAUUAUCUCUAAUUGUGAAAAAAUAGAUCAUGAUUAUGGAACUCUUCUUAUUAAAGAUUAAAUCAUUCAGACUAAAGAAGAACCUGACUUUUUAAAAUGGAAUAAAUUAGAUUAAGAAAUGAAUCAUCAUUUCCUAAUUAGAAUUGAACAUUCGAAAGAAAUUAGUUUAGAAGCUUUAAUUAUCAAUAUGAAUUUAGAAGAAAGAAAAUAACUGAAAAAUUAAAUUGAAUAAUAAAUGAAUCAAGAAAUACAAUAAGUUAAAUCUAAAUAUUUAACAAAAUUAGAUUUACUCAAUCUCAAAAUCAAAGAAGAAGAAGAUAAACAAAAAUAACCAUUAAAUUUACCCUUUAGCUUCUAAGUUAGCUAAGAAGUUUUUUAAUAAUUGGCCAAUGUUAAAACUCCUUUAAUUAAAUCAUAAUAAGUUAAAUAAGCUAAACCUACGCCUUUUGAAUUUAUACCUAAAUAGAAAUUAUGA